GUUCGAUUGAAUCGGGUUCUCUUCUAGUUCCAAAACCAAAAGCGCAUCCCUAAUCCUGCCUUACGCCGUCCCCGCCGCCUCUCCCCUUCGCAGCCCCGCUGCCGGAGUACGAUCGCCGUCCCGACGUCCUUCCGAAGAUCUGUCGUGGAACUCGAACUCUCUCUUGGUUCUCAGUUCUCGCUCGUCGUCUCUGCUCCACCGACUAAGCUGACGCCCCGCCUCAUUCCUUGUCUCACCUUUUUCGCAGAGACCGACAAUGGCAUCAGCUGUUCAACCUUUUACAGGAAACUUAAAGAAAGCUCUGGCUGGACUGAGGAGGAUCAAUUUAGAGGGUUUGCGGUGGCGAGUAUUUGAUGCAAAAGGCCAGGUCCUCGGGAGGAUGGCGUCUCAAAUAUCAAUUGUACUUCAAGGCAAAGAUAAACCGACAUAUACACCAUAUCGGGAAGAUGGAGAUAUGUGCAUUGUGCUUAAUGCAAAAGACAUCUGUGUUACAGGAAGAAAAUUGACUAACAAAUUCUACCGCUGGCACACUGGAUAUGUUGGUCACCUGAAAGAAAGAAGUUUGAAGGAUCAACUAGCAAAAGAUCCUACUGAAGUGAUUCGAAAAGCUGUCUUCCGCAUGCUACCACGCAACAAACUACGUGAUGACCGAGACCGCAAGCUCAGGAUAUUCUCUGGAAGUGAGCACCCAUUCGCCGAUCGUCCUCUGGAGCCAUUCGUAAUGCCUCCCCGUAACGUGCGGGAGAUGCGGCCCCGUGCUAAGCGUGCCCUAAUUAGGGCUCAGAAAAAGGCAGAGCAGGGCAACGCUAACCCAACCGCAAAGAAGGGAGAUGAAGCUCAAGUGAGUGCAUGAAUGCACGUUUCUUUUUCGCAUUCGCAAAGUCAAGAUUUCCGCAACUCCAACGCCUACUUUGAUGCAGUUUGUGUUCAUUAUUAUUAUCGUAGCCUAUGAAUUCCAGACCCUGUUUAUUUCUGAACUAUUCUCUACUUAGCGUGUUUCGAUAAACAUGUAACUAUCAUAAGCUGGAAACAAACAUAGAUGCAAGCUGAUGUUAGAUGGCAGUGUAUCGAAGACUGGACCAGAUCGGCUAGCUCCACGGACCGGAUCAGUUAGUUCAACUAGUUAAUCAGGAAAUCGAAAGAAAAAACGAUCUGUAAUUGAGAAUUUCCAGUCACCAUUUUGCUUGUUUCCUUGAGAUAUAAAUAUGCAAGCUGUUGUUAGAGGGCAGCAUCUUGAACAUAC